AAGAAAGUUUCAGGAGUCUGUACAACUACAAGGCGGAGAUAGAGUUGAGGUCUCCGGGAAGCAUUGUAGAGAUUGAUACAACCACAGUUGCAGCUCUGAAGCCUUGCAUAGAUGGGUUCUUAAAUGGGUGUAGGCCAUAUAUUAGCAUAGAUUCAACUCACUUGAAUGGCAAAUGGAAUGGUCAGUUAGCUGUAGUCACUGCUUUAGAUGGUCACAAUUGGAUGUUUCUGGUGGCAUAUGGGUUUAUUGAGUCUGAAAAUGGAGAUAAUUGGGCUUGGUUCAUGAAUCAAUUGAAGAAGGCAAUAGGGGACCUACCGGUAUUGGCUGUUUGCACCGAUGCUUGCAAGGGUCUUGAAAAUGCUAUCAAAAGGGUCUUUCCUGAAGCCGAGCAGCGUGAGUGCUUUAGGCACAUGUACCACAAUUUCCAGAAAUAUUUCCAUGGUGAUGUCUUUGGAAGGUUGUGGCCUGCUGCUCGGGCAUAUAGAUUGGAGGUAUAUCAACAUCACAUGGCCAAGGUGUAUGCGGCUUCCGAUAAGGUAUUGCCUUACCUAAGCAAUUACCAUAAUCUGUUAUGGAUGAGGUGCAUGUUUAACCCUCAAAUCAAGUGUGACUACAUCAAUAACAAUUUGGCCGAGUGUUUUAAUGCUUGGGUGAAAGAUAUCAAGGACUUACCGAUUGUUCAGCUAGCGGACAAAAUUAGAGAGAUGAUUAUGGAGCUAUUUAGGAAGAGGAGAAUGAUUGGAGAAAGAUUUGUAGGUCUAAUUCUGCCAUUUGUCAUACAUCAACUAAAUGCAAAGACUAGAGGACUAGGACAUCUCAAGGCCAAAGCAUCAGCUGAUUGGAGUGCGGAAGUGACCAAUAUUAACAAAGAUGGUGAAAGGCAUGUGGUGAAAACACUCACACAUGAGUGUACUUGUCUCCAAUGGCAGCACACAGGCAAGCCUUGUGACCAUGCACUUGCCUUCAUAAAUGUUCUGCAAGCUCGGAACUUUGUCAACAUGGAGGAUUACGUACAUGAGUACUACUCAGUUAGCAGAUUCAGGGCAGCCUAUGAAGGUGCAAUUGAGCCCCUUACAGACAAGAAUCAGUGGCCACAAGUAGAUACUGGAUUUGUCUUGCGUCCACCAAUUCCAACAAGCAAGAAAGCUGCUGGAAGAACAAGGAAACAAAGGAUAAAGGCUUGGUGGGAAGGUGGUACAAGGAAGGGGGCUCUCAACAAAUGCAAAAGAUGUGGCGAGCUUGGGCAUAGAGAAUCUGGCUGUCCUAAUAAUGGAACAAAGAAAAGGAACGGAAAGGGGAAAAAGAACAUGUCGCCAUGGUUUGAUGUUUCCGUGAGCAACUUAGUCCCGUCUACACCAACAAAGAACCAAGCUGCUGCUACAACUAGCAGCCCGGGACCGACCACAAGGAGCCAAGCUGCUGCUGCUACAACUAGCAGCCCAGGACCUGUGACAAGGAGCCAAUCUGCUGCUUCUACACCACUGAAAUCUCCUCCAGCAAAAGGAAAGAAGAUGACUCCAAAGAAGCGGAAAUCAAGUGACCUGUGAACUUGUUGUGCCUUUGAAGAACUCCUUUAUUUGUUCAGAACUUGGUUGUGUACGUGAGAGACAUUCUCAUGUUUAUUUUGUUGUCAUGCAUGAACUACUUUAAAUUCUUGUUGAACAAUCAGUUUGUGAGACUGUGAAACUAUCAGUUUGUGAACCUAUGAUAUUGUUGUCAGUUUGUGAGUCA